AUGCCAAGAGUGAGGAGGAACACCAGCACGGGACCCGGGGGCAGGCCUGGGGUAGUAACACUCCAGGUCAACCUAAACCGGAGCCGUGCCGCCCAAGACCUGCUGACCCAGACUGCCGCGGCGCAAGGGACCGGGAUAUUAAUUGUCUCGGAACCCAGCAGCGCGGGAAAGCAGGGGAACUGGAUGGUAGACCGGAAGGGGGACACGGCGAUACUAGCGACGAACAACCUCCCGGGCACCCUCACGCUGGAGGGAAGAGGGGAGGGGUUCGUCUGGGCGAGAACGAGUGGCUUAACCAUCUUCAGCUGCUAUUCCUCGCCCAACGUCGCGCCCAGCGAUUUCGAGGCGCAGCUAGACGAUCUGGAGAGCUGCGUCAGGGCGGCAGGGGGUAAGACCUUAGUCUCCGGAGACUUCAAUGCGAAUUCGCCCAGCUGGGGGUCCGCGAGGCUGGACGAGAGGGGCCAAGCCGUUGCUGAAUUUUUGGCACGGCUUGAUCUGACCCCCAUUAACGUAGGCGGAGCCCCAACCUGGCAGAGGGUCAGCACUGGCGCUGCAUCAGUAAUUGACAUUACAGCAGCCAGCCCCAGCGCGGUCCCGGAAGUCAUGGAUUGGCGUGUACUGGACGACGAGAGCUUGAGCGACCAUCACUACAUAUAUAUAAAGUGGAGGCCCAGCUCAGCAGCGACGCGUACCAGGUACCAAAGCAGCGAGGACACCGGAUAA